UACAUAAAUGUUUUAGUAAUUUGUGUACUGUAGUGUACUUUACUUUAGUAUGUAGUGGUAUGCUGUUGGAUUUUGGCUUUGUUUAGGGCUAGACUAUACAUUUUCCCAGAAGCAUAUUGGUUGGGACUUUGGGUCUCAGCCCAAUGUCGCAACAAUUAACUUCGAAUUUGACAUUUUUGACUCAACGUUCUAAAAAGUGCUGUUUCAUCAAUGGUCUGGAUGCUUUCUGUCAGUUUUGUUUUUGCUGUUCUUGUGAUCGUUUGGAGAAGUAAAGGGUGUAGGUUCCUUCCUAGUACGAAACCCAGUUGCAGUCAGUUUCUACACUGCUGUCAUUUGUCUGAGAAUCAGAUGAAAACAUGAGCAGCUUCUCUCCCUCUGGCAGGAACGGCACAACUUUGGAGGAAGAAGGGUCCGAAUGGGGUGGUGGGAUAGCAGUGGCGUGUUCUAUCCUGGCUGUAUGUUUUGUGGUGGGGACUCCAGGGAACCUGUUGGUGGUUUACACCAUCAUGAAGCAUGUGAAACAGCGCUCUCACACUGUGCUGCUUAUUCUGCACUUGGCCAUUGCUGACCUGCUGGUGCUGGUCACUCUGCCUAUAUGGAUUUACUCACUGGCUCAGUCCUGGGUGUUUGGCCAGGCCACCUGCAAGGCCAUGGUGUAUGUCAUCCAUACCUGCAUGUAUGCCAGCGUCUUCCUCAUCACCAUCAUGAGUAUGGAGCGCUUCUUGGCUGUUAAGUUCCCUUUUAAGAUGCUGCGGUGGAAAACCAGCAACAUCAUGUACUGGACGUUGGCUUGUGCCUGGGCCAUGGCACUCAUACUGGGAAUUCCAGCCUUUCUUGCCCGGCAUAUGGAAGAAAGUGCAGACGGUACGCAGCACUGCCACUCUACUGAGUUCAGCUCCAUGGCUGUGGAGGUCUUCUGCCUUUGUUUAGAGACGCUGGUGGGCUUUGUCAUCCCGUUCUUCAUCCUGGCUAUCUGCUACUGCCAGGUGGCAUCUCAGCUUUCCCAGAUACAAAGCAGGACUAAGCAGAAGUCCGCCUUCCUCAUAGGUAGCGUAGUGACGGCCUUUGCUUUGUGCUGGCUGCCCCACCACAUUCUCAACAUCAUUUCCAUAGCACACCUUCUAAAGGACCACUUGAAUGGAUUGCCAGAUGCAGCGGUAUUCAUUUCCGGAGCACUGGCGUUCAUCAGCAGUUCUGUAAACCCAAUUCUCUAUGCCUUUGCUGCCAGAAACUUCCAGGGUGGUCUAAGGAGAUCCAGGAUGGCCAGGCUCUUCCAGGAAGUGACAUCACACUCAACCCAUGUAAAAGAGAGACAGCCCAAGACCCCAGACGUCUCUGACAAUGGGACAAACAAAGAGGAGUCUUCAGCAGAUGUUUGAGGUGUGCUGAGUUUGAACUUGAAUUUUGCCAGAAUUCACCUGUUUGUCAGCACCAAAUACUGAGAACUGUUUAGACUUUGGCACUGCUAUAAUUUUGAUUUUGAUAAGACUCAGUGGAGUGGUGUGCUUCUUUUUUCCCCUUUCGAACCCCAGAUUGACCAGGUACAAUGCAGGCUUGCCACCCCUUUUGAGAGACUUUGGUUACAUCCCCUUCAAUUGUAAUUACUUUAAUUAAAAAAUAUAUAUACAUUUAAAUUAUAUCCUGGCAAGUG